AUGUCAUCUCGGCCACACCCUCCCCGUCCAAGCCAGAAUCACGCACCCGUGCAUCCAAGCGGCCUCCGGCAAACUUACACGGCGUCGUCGUCCAGCUCCGACGAGCGCAACCCUCGCGCCGCGUCUCCCGAGAUUCCCCCGACACACCGCCAUGCAGGCAAGCGCCCGACCGAGGCCACGGCCCUGCUGCCCACUGCGGGCGUGCUGGACUUGCGGGAACACGCCCAUGAGGGCCCCUGCAACCACGGCACCUUCUCGCCCCGCCCGACGAGCCCAACGAGCAGCCUCCACGACUCGAUCAGUCCCUCCGAAUCCGAGGCGGAAGCCUCGUACCCUGGCAUCUACGGAGUGCUUUCAGGAAGUUCGAGGCGGAGGAGUUGGAAAACGCAAUGGGCCGCCAAGCUUCGGAGCAAGAAGAUGAGCACCUCAAGUCAACUAGCCGAGCGGCACGGCGUGAAGGAUUCUCUUUUGAUGUAUCUCUCUUAUUAUCUCCCUGUCAUGGUCUGGGCACGCGAGUACAGCUGGUCCUACUUUAAGGGCGACUUCAUCGGUGCUCUGACCGUGGCCGGCAUGUACGUUCCGAUGGCUCUGUCACUUGCCGAAAAUCUGGCCCAUGUGCCCCCGCUCAACGGGCUCUACUCGUUCGUCUUCAACCCGCUCGUCUACGCGUUCCUCGGCAGCUCCCCGGCUAUGGUGGUCGGCCCGGAAGCGGCAGGGUCGCUACUCGUUGGGACCGUCAUCAAGGCGAGCGUCGACCGUGGCCACGGGGCCGACGAGGACGCCGCCAUGCAGGCUAGGCUUUGUGGCAUUGUUGCCGGCGUGUCUGGCGUCAUGGUCUUGAUCGCUGGCAUUGCACGGUUGGGUUUUCUUGACAGCGUCCUCUCGCGCCCGUUCUUGCGCGGCUUCAUCAGCGCCAUCGGCGUCGUGGUUGCCGUCGACCAACUCGUUCCGGAGCUUGGCCUGAGCCAAGCGGCCGACCGAGCCCACAUCGGCCACGCCAGCAGCGUCGACAAGCUCGCAUUUAUUUUCCGGAACCUGCACAAGGUACACACCCUGACGUUUACGGUCGCCGCCACAAGCUUUGUCGUCAUCAUGGUCUGCCGCGAGAUCAAGCGCCGCCUGCAGCCACGGUACCCGGGUGUUGCCUAUUUCCCGGACCGCUUCCUCGUCGUGGUCUUGUCGGCCUUUCUGGCGUACCGUUAUGAGUGGGACAAGGCUGGCGUUGCUGUGCUUGGCAAGGUCGAGUCGGCGAGCGGCCAUCUGUUCACGUUCCGCUGGCCGCUGCAGCCGUCCAAUCUGUCCUACAUGCGCGACGCCAUGAGCACCUCCUUCCUGAUUGCGCUGCUCGGCUUCUUCGAGUCGUCCGUCGCAGCCAAGAGUCUCGGCGGCGAGGGCUUCGCCGGCAUCCAGCUGAGCCCGAACCGUGAGCUGGUCGCCCUCGGCGCCGCCAACCUCGUCGGGUCCUGCUUCGGGAGCCUGCCCGCAUUCGGAGGCUACGGCAGGAGCAAGGUCAACAAGUCCACGGGUGGCCGCACGCCCGUCAGCUCUAUCAUUCUUAGUGGCUUGACGCUGCUCUGCAUCCUCUUCCUCCUGCCGUACCUCUACUAUCUUCCGAAACCCGUCAUGUCAUCCCUCAUCAGUGUCGUGGCAUGGUCAUUGAUCGAGGAAUUGCCCCACGACGUCUCCUUCUUCCUCAAGAUACGCGCCUGGCAGGAGCUCGGCCUGAUGACCAUCAUCGUGCUCGCCACCAUCUUCUUCUCGCUGUCCUUUGGAAUGGCCAUCGGCGUCGGCCUCUCGGUGCUGCAGGUCAUCCGCCACGCGACGCGCCCUCGAAUCCAGAUUCUCGGCCGCAUCCCCGGCACGAACCGCUUCGAGAACGCCGAGGCCAACCUGGACCGCCUAGAGUUCAUCGAGGGCUGCCUGAUAGUCAAGAUCCCGGAACCCCUGACGUUUGCCAACACGGGUGAGCUCAAGUCCCGCCUGCGGCGGCUCGAGCUGUACGGGUCGAACCUCGCUCACCCGGCGCUGCCGCGGCUAAGGAGAGAGGAUUGGAACCGCAACGUCAUCUUUGAUAUCCACGGCGUGACGUCCCUUGACGGCAGCGGGACACAGGUGCUGGUCGAGAUUGUGCGCGACUACCGGCAGCGCGGGGUGCGCAUCUUCUUCAGCCGGGGCCCGGGCCGUGACUCCAAGGUCGGGCGGCUGCUGCGGCGCAGCGGCAUUGUAGAGCUGGCUGGAGGGGAGGCCCAUUUUGUGGACGAUGUGCAUGAGGCGCUGAAAAUGACCGAGGCCGAGGAGGGCGGCGAGCUGGGCAUGUCGGACCGGGGUAGUGGGCUGUAG